AUUCCUCUCUGACGGUAAAUGCCUUACUUGGACCCAAUGUUCAUGAAGUAAAUAAUCAAAAUUUUAACUUUGUUGUAUCAAUUGCACGGACUACUGAAACACGUCGUAGGAGCUUAGGCAGCCACCUCUGUACUGCGGCACUUAUCACUAGAAGUCAUGUUAUUAGUGCAGAACAAUGUCUAUACGGCAGACAAACUAACAAUACUGUUGUCCUCUAUGGAUCAAAUGCAAUUAUAUUCACUAGAGCGCAUAGUAUACAUUGGUGGGUAAAAUUUAGUGACUGGAGCAAUCGUCAUAACAGACCUUUGGAAUUUAGAAAUAAUGAUAUUUGUAUUAUAAAGUUAACCCAAGAAAUGGACGCAAAUUUUGUACCAGUGACGAUAUCCUAUAUACCAAAUAAUGAAUUGGUAAAUGAACAAGUUACGUUGGCAGGAUGGGGUAUAUCCAGACGUCGUGUUGUAACUCCUAAUAUGCAAACAUCUAUUACAACAGUUAUAUCGAAUUCUGAGUGUGCUGAUAAAAUCUACGAAACAACUAGGCAGACGGUUAUUAUACAUCACGGACUCUUCUGCACAUACGGAGUUCCUUACACUUUAAUACAAAAUGGAGAUAUUGGUGGACCAGUUUUUCACAAUAAUAAGAUUGUAGGAAUCAAUAAACAAAUUAUUCCAAAUACGGAAAACAAUCCUUCAAGAAUCGUUAAUGUCCAUACAGCUAUUAAUUAUUACAGGCCAUUUAUUACAGAAAUUAUAAGCCAUAAUUUUUAUUGGGAUUAA